UCUGUAAUUCCCGCCGUUAAGAGGCAGAAGCCGAAGGAUCGCUGCAAAUUUAAGGGCAGUGUGCUCCUUAGGGAAAGUUCAGGGCAAAAGGUCUGUGGAUGGUGGAUGCUGGGGGAGGAGCCAGUGCUGCUCCCUGACGUCACAGGCUCCCUCCCGUGAGCACUUGCGCCCGGAGUUCGCGCGUUCUUCAGGGUAGGGGUUUGGCUCAUCAUGGCUGCUUGCCGAGCACAACCACCUACCUCCGAGGAAGCCUGGCUUGAGGCUGCCCACACCUUCAUCCAAGAGACCCUCUGUCCAGCUGGCAAGGAGCAGAACAAACGGUUGACUCAGUCAGUAAUUGAUUGUGUGAAGGAGACCUGGCUGUCCCAGGGGGAGAACCAGGAUUUGACACUGCCCUUGAGCUACAGCUUUGUCUCAGUGCAGAGUCUGAAGACCCAUCAGCAUCUCCCGUGCUGCAGCCACCUGUCCUGGAGUGGGAAUGCUUACCAGGCGUGGACCCGAGGCGCUGGGCCAGGGGGCAGUGUCCUGCCCCGGGAGCAGCUGAUACUUUUAGGGACACUAGUAGACCUAUUGGGAGAUUUGGAACAAGAGUGUAAGAGUGGAAGCCUGUACGUGAGGGAUAACACUGGGACUUUGGACUGUGAGCUUAUAGAUCUGGACCUUUCUUGGUUGGGCCAUCUCUUCCUGUUCCCCAGUUGGAGUUACAUUCCUUCUGCCAAGAGGAAUUCCUUGGGGGAAGGACACUUGGAGCUGUGGGGUAUACCUGUGCCAAUAUUUCCUUUGACUGUCAGUCCUGGCCCCCUCGUGCCUAUCCCUGUCUUCUACCCGGAAAAGGCAUCCUACCUGCUCAAACACAGAAAGAAAUCCAAAAUACAGGAGAUAAAUCUCGCUGGGAAACUGGUCCAUUUGAGUGCCCUGCUGAUAACUCAGAGCAAAAGUUAUUUCAUCAUGACACUUGGUGAAUUAGCCCAGGCCGGCAGCCAGGUGUCCGUCAUUGUACAGAUUCCUGCUCAAGUGGUAUGGCACCGAGUCCUCCGGCCUGGUAGGGCCUAUGUGCUGACAAAAUUGCAAGUAACUAAGACCCGGUUUCACCGUUCCUGUAUUUGGACAACCAUUCCAUCUUCAACUCUGAUGCCACUGAGACCAGGUUAUGUGCAAGAGAUGGAGCUGGACAUAGCAUUCUCAAAAGUUGACCUUAAACCACUGACCCGUCCCACCAGCUCCAAAGACAGCAGAGGGCAAGAAGGUCUUGUCCGGGGUUCCAAAGUCUUACAUUAUUUGGGAACAGUCACUGAUGUGUUGCAUGAGUCGGCCAGCCUCUACAUUCUAGAUGGGCAGCUGAUUCUCUGCCUCGCAUACCAGAAGAUCCAUGGCCUCAGGCGGGUUAUUCGACCAGGGGUCUGUUUGGAGCUCCGAGAUGUUCAUCUCCUCCAGGCAGUGGGUGGAGCAACAACAAAACCUGUACUGGCACUCUGUCUCCAUGGCACUGUUCGGCUUCAAGGCUUUUCUUGUCUUAAGCCUAUAACUUUGCCGUCCUACAAAGCUUGUGGUGCCGCCUUGUAUGAGCAGCUCGUGUGGAAAUGUCAGUUAGGACUUCCCUUAUACUUAUGGGCUACCAAGACCCUGGAGGAGCUAGUCUGCAAGCUGUGUCCCCAUGUGUUGAGAUGUCACCAGUUCCUGAAGCACUCCUCUCCUGGGAAGCCCAGCUUGGGACUGCAGCUCCUGGCUCCCUCCUGGGAUGUUCUGAUUCCACCUGGCAGCCCCAUUCGGCAUGCACACAGUGAAAUCCUGGAAGAACCACAUAACUGCCCCCUUCAGAAAUACACUCCACUGCAGACUCCCUACUCUUUCCCUACUUUACUCGCCCUGGCAGAGGAAGGGCAGCACAGGGCUUGGGCUACUUUUGACCCAAAGGCCCUGCUGCCUCUCCCAGAAGCCAGUUACCUGACCAGCUGCCAACUGAAUCGCCGCCUCGCCUGGUCCUGGCUCUGUCUGCCAUCCUGUGUGUUCCAGCCAGCCCAGGUUUUACUUGGAGUCCUGGUGGCUUCAUCUCAUAAAGGUUGUCUGGAGCUUCGGGACCUAAGAGGUUCACUGCCUUGUAUUCCCUUGACUGAGAGUUCGCAGCCCCUCAUUGACCCGAAGCUCAUAGGCUGCCUGGUGCGGGUAGAGAAAUUCCAGCUGGUGGUAGAGAGAGAAGUCAGGAGCAGCUUCCCUUCCUGGGAGGAGAUGGGCAUGGCAAGCUUCAUCCAGAAGAAGCAGGCCAGAGUCUAUGUCCAGUUCUACCUGGCUGAUGCCCUGAUCCUGCCUGUGCCCAGACCCACCUUUGGUUCAGAACCAUCUCAGACAGCCUCCUCCUGCCCAGAGGGACCCCACAUGGGACAGAGCCGGCUGUUCUUGCUGUCCCACAAGGAGGCCCUCAUGAAACGUAAUUUUUGUCUCCUUCCGGGAGACAGUUCACAACCUGCAAAGCCCACCCUGAGUUUCCAUGUGUCAGGAACUUGGCUUUGUGGCACACAGAGGAAGGAGGGUUCAGGAUGGAGCACACCUGAGUCUCUGGCCCUUGAGAACAAGGAUCAAAAGGUCUUCCUCAUCUUUCUUGGCUCUUCAGUUCGAUGGUUUCCAUUCUUGUACCCAAACCAAGUCUACCGACUCGUGGCUCCUGGCCCCUCACAGACACCGGUGUUUGAGACAGAGUGUCCAUCUGGCACAUCUCACCGUCCUCUGGAAUUGGCUGACUGUGUGUCUUGCCUCACUGUCCAAGAGGAGUGGACCCUGGAACUUGGGAGCUCUCAGGACAUACCUAAUGUACUGGAGGUCCCUAGAGCACUGCCUGAGUCCUCACUGGCCCACCUGCUUAGUGACAACUCCCCCAAUUCCUUGGUGUCUUUCUCUGCUGAGAUUUUGUCUCGGAUACUGUGUGAACCACCUCUAGCCCUCCGCCGGAUAAAACCUGGGAAUGCUGGGGCUAUUAAAACAGGUGUGAAGCUAACAGUAGCUCUAGAAAUGGAUGACUGUGCAUACCCCCCUCACCUGGACAUAUAUAUCGAAGAUCCACAGUUGCCUCCCCAAAUAGGACUCCUUCCAGGAGCCCGAGUCCUCUUUAGCCAGCUGGAGAAAAGGAUUUCCAGAUCCAACAACGUUUACUGUUGUUUCCGGUCAUCCACUUCUGUGCAGGUCCUGAGCUUCCCCCCAGAGACCAAAGCCAGUGCUCCCCUGCCCCAUAUCUAUCUGGCUGAACUUCUCCAAGGUGACCGGCCUCCCUUCCAGGCCACUACCUCUUGCCAUAUUGUGUAUGUCCUGAGCCUUCAGAUCCUGUGGGUGUGUGCCCAUUGCACCAGCAUCUGCCCCCAGGGUAAGUGUAGUCGCCGGGAUGCCAAUUGUCCAUCUCAGAGGGCUAUAAGCCAGGCCAACAUCAGGCUCCUGGUAGAAGAUGGCUCUGCAGAAGCCACGGUGAUCUGUAGGAACCAUCAUGUGGCCACCGCACUAGGGCUGAGUCCUGGUGAGUGGUCCUCCAUCCUAGAGCAUGCGAGAGGGCCAGGGAGAGUGGCCUUGCAAUUUACAGGGCUAGGAGCCCAAGCAGAGUCUGCAAGCAAAACCCAUGAGCCCUUGGCCCUGCUCCUCCGGACACUUUGUACCAGCCCCGUUGUCCUCCGACCCAUUAAGCUUUCUUUUGCACUUGAAAGGAGACCCACUGAUAUUUCCCCACGAGAACCAUCCCGGCUGCAGCAGUUCCAGUGUGGAGAGCUCCCUCUGCUGACCAGAGUGAAUCCCAGGCUCCGACUGGUCUGCCUUUCUCUCCAGGAGCCUGAGCUCCCCAACCCUCCACGGGCUUCUGCUGCUUCCUCUUGAUGACACUGCCUAAGGUGGCCUCAGAGCUUCCAGGACCCCAGAGGCUGCAGUGAGGAACUCCUGCCCCGCUGCGAUUUCUAGUUAUUCUGGUGUCGGCAUGCCUCAGAGACACUAUGAAAACGGCAGAUCACAGCAUGAUAAUGGUGUUUUCCCAGCUGGGUUAGAACACCUACACUCAGAGGUGACCCUCCCUGAGUGCUUGGGGUCUGCUCGUGGUACAAAGCAGAACAAAAGCCCUGCCCCUUAUGACUGUGUUAUGAGAGGCCCUUUGGGCUACAAUAAACCUCUCUGAGGACUUUCUGA